ACGCUUGUAAUAGCAUGAAGCAUCAGUUAACUAAAAUUCUUCUUUCUUUUAUAACCGAGUGACUCUAUAAAUAUAAUAAUAAAUGCAAGCUUAAAACUUUUACGAUAACGUCGAAAUAAUAACUGGUAUGUAGAAAGAGUUCUACAAAUACAAUUAACGAAUAUGUCUAUAUUCUACCACAUAGUUGAUUUAUGCCAAGUAAGCGCGCGAAAAACUAGUAGUAUAAGCGUUUAUCUGAUGAGGCAUGCAUGGCGCAGGUCCGAGUCUCUAGUUCACUUCUCCUGAAUCAAGGAAUUUUUUACGAGGUAGUAACACAGUGGUAUACUCGUGCAGAAGGAUACUCUUUUGUUCUUGUUAAAAGUCGACCUGUUGCAUUCUCUUUCUUCAUUUUCCAUAACGCAGGACGUCGAUCAUAUUAGAAUUACAUAGAUGGCCGAUUUAGAUCACCGUUACACGAUGUAAUAGCGAUACGUAAAAGCAUGCAGGAGGAUCAAUGCAUGAUGUUAAAGUCGAAAGGUACGGUGUGCGAUGUACCCGUCAGAAGCAAAGCUUCCAGCUUGAGGGUUUGGUCCUCUUUCACGUAUCGCAGGAACGACAACGACGUCGCUGAAUUAAGCACGAAUCAGGAAAACAACGUAUCCGUUGGAAGACUUCGAGAUGGACGAAACUAUCCGGCGGACUUCAACACGAUAGAGAGCUUUCAUUGCGCGAUCGGGCCUGUUUUAAGCAUAGCCCGAGUCUUUGGUUUAUUUCCAGUGGCUGGAGUCCGAUCCGCGUCACCCUCGAAACUCCAGUUCAAGGCACUUUCCUUCGUCGCGUUUUAUUCGGGUUUCAUAGCCUCGAUGAUAUUCUUUAUGACGAUCGUAUCGGUGCUUCACAUGGUGAAAACUCUUAACGCUAAUACGAUCCAGACACGUGGUGGCAUAGCGUCGGCGACGGUUGGCGCGGUGUUCUACGGGAACAGUCUGCUGGGCAGCAUCUUAUUUUUCUGGCUGUCGUCACGCUGGGUACCUCUUCAAUCGGAAUGGAGAGCCAUGGAACGAUGCAUAGACAGCAAUCGCAUAGAACCGACGCGGCUGCGAUGGAAAUUUUUCUUCCUAAGUUCCGUGAUACUGGUGUUGGCUCUGGUCGAGCACAUCCUAAGCAUGUUCAACAACGUGGACGGCUACGACUGGAACGCAUCGAAUUCCACGUUUCGCAGCUUCCUGGAGACGUAUACUCUACGCUCGCAUUCCUUCAUCUUCGACACAUUGAAUUACAACUUUGCCUUCGGAUUGUAUAUUUUCGUCGUUAGCAAACUGGCCACGUUCAAUUGGAACUUCACCGAUCUUUUUAUCAUGCUGGUUGCCACCGCUUUGGCUGAAAGGUACAAAUCUCUGAACAAGAAAUUGGCAGUGACGGUGACAAAAUAUCGGCCGAUAUUCUACUGGCGCGAACUUCGCGAACACUAUGCGAUUUUGAGUUGCGUUGUUAAGAAGGUGGACGAGCACAUCUCUCCCAUAAUCCUGUUAUCCUUCGCGAACAACCUCUACUUCAUCUGUCUUCAGCUGUUGAACGGACUAUCCAUAGCAGAAAAGAGCAGCCCAUUGAGCGCGGUGUACUUCUUCGGCUCUUUCGGCUUCCUAAUUAUUCGCACCUGUGCUGUCACCUUACUCACCGCUAGGAUACACGAUCAGAGUAAAGUGGCCUUACCUUAUCUGUACAAUUGUUCCACAUCCAGUUAUGGCAUUGAGGCGCAGAGAUUGCAGCAUCAACUGGCGACAGACGAGGUAGCGUUAACUGGAUUACGUUUCUUCUCCAUCACGAGAAAUUUUAUGCUUGCGGUGGCCGGAGCAAUCAUAACGUACGAAGUUGUGCUUUUGCAAUUUGUCGAUGGCAAAUAAAGCAAAAUUACAGUGAUAUCUAUUCUACGCUACUAUCGAUCCGUUUAUAAUUAUAUUUUUGAUAAUAUUGUUGUUACUACGUAUGCAAUUCGUGUUUUAGCCUAUUUCUGACGACAUUACUUGUUAUUUGUACA